AUGGCGCCUCUUGGUAAGGUUGAAGAAGUGGAGCUCCAUGCCAAAAACUCCAGCUCAGGUCAGGUCAUCAUUAAGGCUGAUGAGCCUUUACAAGAGCUCAGACUCACCCAUGACCAGAGUAACUGUCCCUUCCAAAUCAAGCCAGAGAAGAAGGGUAAAAAGGAGAAGAGUAGAGAAAAAUAA